AUGCUGAGCACCACGGCGCACCACAGCAGCAGGCAGACGCAUGCUUUCGAGAAGAGCCCGAGCCGCAGCCGCCACGGCUCGGCCAGGAAGAACGGCAGCAUAGACAGGAAGCUGCAGCUGCAGGCGAUGAGCCACGCGAGCAAGUACCUGCAGCGGAUGCUUGUGUGCCCGCCGGGGCUGGGCGGCGGCGUCCGGCGGAGCGGCUCCGGCCUCUCCCUGUCGUCGCUGUCGCUGUCGCAGAACUCGAGCGACUCGUCGCUGAGCAGCUCCAACUCCAGCAGCUGGGAGCCCAAGGUGCCGCUCAUCUACGGCGGCACUUUCAGCCCGUGGGGCGACGUGCUCGUGUCCCUGGAGAAGAGGAGGGGAGACGACUGCGACGACGACGACGACAAGGUGAGCGGCCGUGAUGCGGAGGAGGAGGAGGAUUUUGAUUGCAGUGAGCCCGGGGGCCUGCACAGAUGCAGCUGGAUCACCAAGAACAGUGAUGAGGCGUAUAUCCAGUUCCACGACGAAUCCUGGGGCGUUCCAGUCUACAGCGACGACCGCCUGUUUGAGCUGCUCACCCUGUCAGGGAUGCUCAUAGACCACAACUGGACAGAGAUACUCAAGAGGAGGGACAUGUACAUGGAAGCAUUUGUGGGCUUCGACCCCAAUGUGGUGGCGAAGAUGAACGAGGAUGACAUCGCCGUGAUCAGCGCCAAUAAGGAGCUCAAGCUAGCGGAGUGCAGGGUGCGGUGCAUCGUCGAGAACGCUAAGUGCAUAAGAAAGGUGGCGAAGGAGUUUGGGUCUUUCAGCGGGUACAUCUGGGGGCACAUGAACCACCGGCCUAUGGUAGGUAAAUACAAGCACCACAAGUACAUCCCGCUCCGAACACCCAAGUCAGAAGGGAUGAGCAAGGACCUAAUCCGGCGGGGGUUCCGGCUCGUUGGUCCUGUCAUAGUCUACUCCUUCAUGCAAGCCUCUGGCAUGGUCAUCGAUCACCUCGUCGGCUGCUUUCGGUUCUCUGAGUGUGUCCGCCUUGCUGAGCAGUCUUGGGGUAUCUCAAAUGUCGCCACGUAG